UCGUAAAGAGAAAAGAUUCGCGCGAGUGUUUUUCACGAGUCCGGUAACUUUAUCUGCUGGAAUUAAACACACACACACACACACACACACACACACACUAAACAAUUCAAACAUACACACCUUCAAUAAACUGAAGAGCAUAAUACACCAGCAGCGGUGAGAGGACUUCACCACCUGUUUUAUAUUCCACUAACUACAGAGUGAUGAGUCGCAGCAUUGUGCGCCAGAGUAAGUUCCGGCAUGUUUUCGGUCAGUCUGCGAAAGCUGAGCAGAGCUACGAUGACAUUCGGGUUUCCAAGGUGACAUGGGACAGCUCGUUCUGUGCAGUCAAUCCAAAGUUCCUGGCUGUUAUAGUAGAGUCUAGCGGUGGUGGAUCUUUUUUAGUUCUGCCUCUCUCAAAGGUGGGACGUGUGGAUAAGAACUAUCCUCUUGUGGUGGGACACUCUGGACCUGUCCUCGAUAUUGACUGGUGUCCUCACAAUGACAACAUCCUGGCAAGCGGCUCUGAAGACACCACAGCCAUGGUAUGGCAGAUUCCAGACCACACUCCAACCCGGCCCAUCAGUGAGCCCAUUGUAGUGCUGGAGGGCCACUCCAAACGCGUAGGCAUUGUCAGCUGGCACCCCACUGCCCGCAACAUCCUUCUCACAGCAGGUAGUGAUAACCUGAUCAUCAUUUGGAACGUGGGGACUGGAGAGUCCUUAAUCACAAUGGAUGAUCACCCUGACCUCAUUUACAAUGUUAGCUGGAACUACAAUGGCAGCCUCUUUUGCACAACUUGCAAAGACCGCCGUGUUCGUGUUUGUGACCCGCGAAAGAGAGAGGUGGUGGCGGAACGACUGGCACCACAUGAGGGCAUCAGGCCCAUGAGAGCCAUCUUUACCAAAGAGGGCAACAUCUUCACUACAGGAUUUACCAGGAUGAGUCAAAGAGAGCUCGGCCUCUGGGACCCGACAAAUUUCGAGGAACCUAUUGCAGUUUUGGAGUUGGAUACAAGUAAUGGAGUAUUACUGCCAUUUUAUGAUCCAGACACCAGCAUGGUUUACCUGUGUGGCAAGGGGGACAGCAGCAUUCGCUACUUUGAGAUCACAGAUGAGCCCCCAUACGUGCACUAUGUCAGCACAUACAGCAGCAAAGAGCCACAGCGAGGCAUGGGUUUUAUGCCCAAGAGAGGAGUAGACGUCAGCAAGUGUGAGAUUGCCAGGUUAUAUAAGCUUCAUGAGAGGAAGUGUGAGCCUAUUACUAUGACAGUUCCUAGAAAGUCGGAUCUAUUCCAGGAUGAUCUGUAUCCUGACACAGCCGGUCCAGAGCCAGGGCUGGAACCUGAGGAGUGGCUGGAGGGGCGAGAUGAAGACCCCAUUCUAAUCUCCCUAAGAGAUGGCUACAUUCCCCCAAAGAGCAGAGAGCUGAAGGUGGCUAAGAAAAAUGUUUUGGACUCCAGGCCUGCAACUCGCAGGAGUAUGUCUACUGUUGAAGGAAGCAGCUUGCCACCUCAGUUGUUGGAAAAACUUGUGGAGGAGAUUCAGAGUCUGAAGGCUGCGGUUCUUUCUCAAGAGAAGCGAAUCUGUGAUUUAGAAAAUAAGCUCUCCAAGUACACCAACGGCACAGUCUGAAAUACACUCAGUGAAGCACAAUUACCCUUGUACACACACACACACACACCAUCCACUCAACCCUGCAUACCACAGCAUUCACCAAGUGUGUUCAUUAUUUACAGCCUCUAGUGAUGAAGCUCUGGGCAAUGGUUAAACUUGAUCAGGCUCCUAAUUAUUUUCUAAACCCAUGCAGAAUAUCAAGGAAAACCUUAUGCACAUGGGCUAUUUAGCUGGCAACUUUAACUGUUUUUAAAAUCAGGUCCCUAUGGCUGGUUGAUGUGACAAAAUCUUUUUAAACAGAAUAACCCUAAAUGAAAUCUGGUCACAUUUGUUUGCUUUAUCACUUUAAAUUUCACUAAUAAUGCUUUCAUGCUUGAAUUUAUGUUACACUACAGUACAGUACAAGGCCAUCCAAUUAGUGGACACUUCUUGAUCAAUUUAGGGCCCAGAUUAAAAAUCUCAGACUUAAAUCAUUAAAUAAUACUUUGAAACACACCCACACCAAAUGAGGUACUUAAUUGGCCUUUUAAUAAGCUUCUGUGUAGCACUUCUACCACAGAUAAUAUAGUAAUUCCUGUCACUCUCCUAUAUGAGGUGUGUUCUCUAUGAUUACUGUAGUGUAAAACAGUAAUCAUUUCAUUACUCUAACACAUAGCACCCACAUUCACACAGCCCUAUCCAUCCAAGUUUGACCAACAUUAAAGAUGUCAUGUGGCUCUUGUUACACAAUUCACAAUGUAAAUAUUAUUUAAGAAAAUGAAAGAUAUUAACAUUUUACAACCAAAGAACAUUCGUUUGUUGU